CGCAUUGAACGGCAGACGAAGAACGAAACCAGCGACGAGCAGAACGAGAAGUGCGUCGUUACGGUCCCGAAACCAUCCAGCAGCGACCAACGAAGAAGGGCAACGCUAAAUCCCCCUCCGUUUCCCCUUCCCUCCCUUCCUCCCCUCCCAACGCCCGCGGUCCAUUCAUCGGGAAGGAACCGUCACAAAAUUCCUUCAUAUACACCUGCCCCCAACGCACCCCAAACCCUCCCGAAAUCGUAACGCAAACCGGAUCGCGACCGAUCGCGGGUGGGUGUCUUCAUGGAUCGGCGCAAUGGCGGCACUAGUUUGGCGCCCCCAAGGCCCCCAAAAUCGUUGCCCCGCGUGCACCGUCCCCGGGCCCCGGAACCACACGCUACCAGCGCCACCGUCGCACCCGCGCCCCACCCCGCGCCGAUGAUUGGCAGCAUGAACGGGGGCGGCCCGGCAUCCACCGGACCGGGGGGCCACCUGCAGCGGUCCGUCACGCCGGCAGCAGCAGCAACACCGGUGCCACCGCAGCUGUCACCGAAACCGAGACACCUGAUCGGUGCUGCAACCGGCACCGGCGCCGUCCUCGGUGGCAGUAGUGCGAGCAGCAGCAACGGUAACGACAGCAACAGCAGCAACCUAGCGUGUAAUAAUAUCAGCAGCAACGGCAACAAUAAUAUUAGUAAUAACAGCAGUAACAAUAAUAAUACUAUUUUUAUGAAUAAUAAUCCUCAUAAUCAUACGAGCGCGGUGGCCGCCGCGGUGGGGCCAACCGGCGACAGUAAUUUUAACAGUGCUAGCCUAAUCAAUAGCAGUAGUAGAAGUAAUAGUAGCACUAGCAGCACUAGCAAUAGCACCAGCAGUAGCGCUAGCAGUAGGUGUAAUAAUAGUAAUCUAAAUCAUAAUAAUAAUAAUAAUAAUAAUAAUAGCAGUAGUAGUAGUAGUAGCGGUAGCAGUAGCACUGGUGGCAACAAUGCCCGAAGCGGCAGUAGUCAACCUCAUCAGCAUCAUCAGCCACAUCCGCAUCAUCCUCAUCCGCAUCCGCAUCCGCACCAUCACCAGCCCAAUCAUCCGCAUCAGCAGAGCAAUCGGAGCAUCGGCAGCAACUCGUCCACGUUGUCGUCGGUAUCGUCCAGCUCGUCGACGGUCGCGCUGUUGAGGCCGCACCAGAUCGCCCCGCUCGUGCCGCUGCACACCCGAUCGGCGACGCCACCCCCGCCACCACUGCCCCCACACCAGCGGCCCACGUCACCGGCGGCCGGCAGUACCUUUGCCCGCCGCCGGCACACCCCCGCGGUGGCCACCAGUCCACCGGCCCACCAUCAUCCACAUCUCACUAGUAUUCCGCACGGGUCGUCCAGCGAUACCACCGGCAGUGCACCGCCGGUGCUGCUGCUACCGGUCGAUCAACCGAUCGUGCCGGCCACCGGCACGAACGCCUCCAACCCGACGACCCCGGUAACGUUGGCCGCACCGCGCCCGGAAAAUGAGCGGCUCGCGAACGAGUACGUCGACACGCCGUUCGGUCGCACCGGCGGGCCGACGGUCGCCGGUGGGCCCAACAUUCCAUCGGCCGGCGGACUACUGUCGGGGGGUUUGCAGCCGGGCACCGUCCCGCACCAGCAGCACCGCAACCUAUCCCUGCUGGUCGGGGGUGAUACGGUGGUGCCGGUCAUCACGGGCCAGCCGCGACCCGCAGCCGACCGGACGCGGUCUCCGAUGGUCGGCCACAGUGACGCGGCGAUACGGGUGGUGAAGAGUGGGGAAGGAGGGCGGCACGGGCUCACGGCGGCGACCGGCACGGUCGGUCAGCCGCUGGUGAACGCGAACAGUAUUGCGCGCGGAUCGAGCAUCAUCACCAAGCAGCCGACGAAGAAGAAGGACGGCACGGAUCGGCACGAGCUGCUGGAGCUGGAACUGCAGCACCACCAUCACCAUCACCAUCGGCAUCAUGGCCGGGCGGCGAUAGCGACGGUCGGUGGUGUAAGCCCCGGUGCGCUCGGGUCGGCCGGCGCGAACGGAGCGGACGGACUGAUCGGCAUCGGUUCGAUCACCUGCCCGCGGUGUCGGCGGUGCCGGUGCGAGGAGUGCCAAAAGCCACGACCCCUCCCAUCGCACUGGCUCUGCGACAAGAGCUGUCUGUGCAGUGCGGAAACGAUCAUCGACUACGCGUCCUGUCUGUGCUGCGUGAAGGCGCUCUACUACCACUGCUCGAAGGAGCACGAGUUCGAGCGGGAAGUGAUCGGUCCGGACGGGACGAUCGAAACGGAAACCGUAUCCUGCGCGGACGAUCCCUGCUCCUGUGUGCCGCACAAGCGCACGACCCGCUGGGGCUGUCUCGGUGCGCUGUCGGUGGCGCUGCCCUGUCUGUGGUGCUACUGGCCGAUGCGCGGUUGCGUCGCGAUCUGUGCCCGCUGCUACGCCAAACAUUCCCGCCACGGUUGUCGCUGCACGCAGCACCCGGCUGCACCCGGAGGUGGCAGCAACAGCCCGACCGGUGGCAUACUCAACGGUUCCAUGUUUGGCACGGAGCUGAUCGGAGGGCCGGGCGGUGGUGGCGUUGGUGGUUUAAGUGCGGCCGGUCUGCAUGAGCUGCGGGCGAAAGGCGACCCGGCGGAUGGCGAUUCAACGCUGCAGCAUCUGCACCAUCAUCUGCGGCACCAUCUGCACCACCGGUCGCCGGAUGCGUCGUCGAACGAUCUGACCACGCCGGAGAAGCGACUGCUCGAUACCAGCACCGAUACCAGCUACUGACGGUGGUGGCACUGUUGGUCGACGACUGCUGCCGACCAUAUGUACACCGACACGGAUGGCGAGGAUGGCGAGGAUGAGGAGGAGGAGGAGAUGCAGGAUGUUGUUGGUUGUUACGAUCGGGACGCGUUCGUCGAUGAGCACGAUGGUGGUGGUGGUGAUGAGGACGACGAUGAUUCGACGAUGAUUAUGAUGAUGUUGCACCUGUAGAACUGUGACGCGAUCGUGUCCACAUUGUUCCGUUCCUCACCAUCUUUCCCCAUCUUGCCCAACUACUGCUACUGCCUCGGUACUGGGGAUCCUGUUGUUGUAGGGUUAUGUUUCCAUCUCCCGGAUAGGUCGUGUUCGAGUGUUGUUGUGGGUGUGCGGAAUCUCCCUAUCUUAGCCUGUUCCCCUAAUCCCUUCGGCACAACUACCAAAUUCAGAGGUCCAGUCAGGCAUCGUCAGAGUAUCGUCUUCAGAGAUAUAGGAAAGGUAGAAGAAAACAGUCGAAUGAGGCGAGAGUUACUCACAUAUUUACUAGGUGCUAAAACCGCUUAGCGAUUUUGGUCUUGGGAAGAUAGCGAAGUACAUUCGUACAUCUCAUAGGUUGCGUCAUUAUAGAAGCGAUGAUAUUUUCAUCAUCUUUGAACAGAGUUCACGCUUUAGAGGUAUUUGUGUUUUGACAGAUAUUUAGAGUCGAGAAGAGUCCUCAGACUGUAUCAGCUCUAUUUUGCUUGCGUAUCCCAACGUCAAUCUAGUAGUCGGUGUUGACUUUUCACUAAAGAUAGGUGAAGUUUUGGAUGACUUCAAAGCUACGCUCACCUAUCAUUGGAGAGCAUCUUCUAUAGCUGUAAUAGAGCCGUACUUC